ACAGGCAAAUGGGCCUUCGCAUCCACCUGCUAGCGCCCUGCCUCUCCCCCACAGUCACACAGGAGCUUCCAACUUUCCAGCGCUGCACGCACAGCGCGCUGUCGGACCUUAUCUCUCACCGCGGGGACUUUUUCUUUUACCUUUUCUGCUCGCUUUUUUCUUUUCCACUUCUCCCACGAGAUGUUUGCUGCGCUCGUGCUAGGAGAGCAUGUAUUCGCCUCGCGCUCUCGGACAAUGAUGAAUUAGAGAAACAUUUUAUGUUCUCUCUCCCUGACUGCUCACUGACAACUCCGGGGCCAACACGCGCGCGCUCUGCGCAGGUAUACAGACGGCCCCGCCGCCGCACCCCUGAACGCAACACGGGCCGCUGAAGAGCCGCGCAGGGAUUUUCUAUUAUUAUUGAUUUCAGCUUAGAGAAAGAGAGAGAGAGAGUGUGAUCGAUCUGUUGGGAUUGGCUUUUUCAGUGGCUUGCAGGGUUGGAUCUGAACUUGUAUUACGGAAAGCUGUGAGAUUUAAAAAGAGAGCGUGCCGUUGGAGGUUUGUCCACCAUGAGGCUGGAUGAUAUGUGGACGGUGCUCGUCCUCCUGGUGCUGUCCAGCUUGACUUCGGGGAAUCAAAUCAGCAGCAACGAAGUAGUUGCUGCACCCAGAGUCUUUAUCUCCUUCAAAGAACUGAGGUCCACUGGUACAGCUCAUCACUUUGCCUACCUGCUGAAUGCGUCCGACUACCGGAUCCUCCGUAUGGAUGAGGACCACGACCGCAUGUAUGUUGGCAGCAAGGACCACAUCCUGUCCCUAGACCUCCAUGACAUCAACAAGAGUCCACAUAUUAUCCAUUGGCCAGUGUCCGAACGAAGGCGGACAGAAUGCCUCGUGAGCGGGAAGGAUGCCAGCGAAGAGUGUGCAAACUUCAUCCGUCUAAUUGAGCCAUGGAACCGGACUCACCUGUACAUCUGCGGGACAGGAGCCUACAAUCCAGUCUGCACCUUCGUCAACCGCGGGCGUAAACCUCAGACGUCCAUGUAUCUGCAGAUGGCCCUGGCCAGGGGAAGGGCCAGCCGCGCGGCCGAACCCAGCGCGGUGCACGACACACUUGGACUGAAGGUGCGAUGCGGGCCCCUGUUUGCGCCGCGGCCCCAGCGGACUGCCGGGGCUGGCGGUCACCAGCAGCAUGCCCUCCAUUCUUUGUGUCUGAGCACAUCCUGUCAAUGCCAUUUUUAAUCUAAAAGCCAUCGUUCGUUUAUCUUUGUAACAUUUAGCAUGCGCCUUUUUUUUUUUUUUUUUUUUUUUUAAGUUUGUGCACCAUCCUCAAAAUUGAAUUUCACGUUUCAUUCGUACUUUCUUUGUGUCCUCCUCAGUGUCGCAGCACACCGUCUUACUCGUCAUCGUCCUUUGUUCGUUUCCGCUUUCUGUAUGUGUUAAAUGCCACGUUUUGCAUGAGCGCGGGGUUAUCAUGUGAAAUGGGGCCGAUCAGGCUGCUAAAAACACCAGGCGCAGUUUGAAUUAAACAGGCUUUUGUUCCCUUUCAGCGCAUGGCAUUUAGUCUCAUUUACCCCUCAUAUCAGAAACGGUGGAUAUUCUAAUCACUCACGCUGCUUGUUUGAGUGAAUCCAGCUUGCCCCGCCCGAGCAGCGCUGCGUCCCACAGAGGCCGAGUCAGCAUCUGACCCACUCCCACAGCAGGGCCUGUUAGCCCAGAGCAAACACCAGCCAUCUGUAUCCAACUGGCUGCGCUUUGAGGGGAGGAAAACAGCAGCAUACUUGAACAUGUCUUCACUCGAAAGACUUUGGAACAGGCUUAACGUGAAAUAGUUCACUUCAAAAUUAGUUCAUAGUUCCUUUAUUUAAAAUGUAUUCGAGCCCCUUGGAUCUGAUUUUAAUGUAUUGUAUUAGGAUGUCUGUGGUAGACCAACACAAAGUAAUAGAGUAUCUUUUCAAACAUAUUUAUAAUUCAAAUACCAUACACUUUUUUUUUCUUUUUUUGCAAAUGAAAAUCUGAAAAGUGUGGCUUGCACUUGUAUUCAGAGUCAAUACUGUCCAAAUUUUUGUCAGCUUUUCACAUGAGGACACCACAUUUUUAUGCUCAUUCUUUCCAAAAUAGCUCAAGUUUAGAUCAACUGCAUAGAAAGCAUUUGUGAACAAAAAUGCUCAAAUCCUGCCAAGGAUUCACUAACUGAUUUCUGUAUGGACUUUGACUAAGCCAUUCUAACUGAUUAAAUUGGCCUAAUUGGCUCUGAACCAUUCCUUUGUAGCUCUGACUAUAGUAAAAAUCUUCCUGGGAUUUGUUUCUCAGCGCUGCUCCAUGAAGGCAGGAUUUGUGGAGUUGGUGACCACUAGUUGUCAUAGCAACACACUGUAUCUCCUCCAAAGUCAUCUUAUAGUUGCUUUGUUGUCCAGGCUGCAUCUUUAGGUGGUUGACUGUGUUGGUAACACUUUAUUUGAAGGGGUGUCCAUAAGACUGACAUGACACU